AUGCGGUACAGGCCGGUCGGUCUCUUCGUCGCGCCCUCGAGUAAUUAUCCGUGUCCGGCGAUCUGCUCCUUUACGAUACCUGCUACCGUGGGACAUGAUCCGCAGACGAGCAACGGCGGUCAGCCACAGUUGCAGCAACAGCAACUACAAUCGGGGGGUUGGCUGGGAGGAAGUGCCGGCGACACUGGUGGCGGACUGGUCUGCCGAGCUGGCAAAUUGGUCAACGGCAACAGCAGUAACGGCAAACCGUCGCUACACCAUCCUCAACAACAGCAGCGUCAACAGCAACAGCAGCGGCAACAACAGCAAGGCCAAUCUGGGGGUGUGGGGGAUGACGAAGACGGGGGUGGAGGGAGCGGAGGGCUGGAGGGGACGGACGCAGAGGCGAACGACGCUGUUCACCUCAAGAGACGGGUGGGACUCGUCAGUGGGGUGGCUCUAAUCGUCGGCACGAUGAUCGGCUCCGGGAUUUUCGUGUCGCCGUCGGGUCUGCUGUUGCGCACCGGCAGCGUCGGCAUUAGUUUUGUCGUAUGGACCGCGUGCGGUCUGCUGAGCCUCUGCGGCGCCCUCGCCUACGCCGAGCUGGGCACGAUGAACACGAGCAGCGGCGCCGAGUACGCGUACUUCAUGGACGCGUUCGGCGCCCCGCCUGCCUUCCUCUUCUCCUGGGUGUCCACCCUGGUGCUAAAGCCGUCGCAGAUGGCGAUUAUCUGCCUGUCUUUCGCCCAGUACACCGUCGAGGCGUUCACCGUCGACUGCGAGCCGCCCGACCAGGUGGUCAAGAUCGUCGCCCUGCUGGCGAUCGUUCUGAUACUCCUAAUCAACUGCUACAGCGUCAACCUGGCAACCGGUGUGCAGAACGCUUUCACCGCCGCCAAGCUGAUGGCCAUACUCGUGGUAAUAAUUGGCGGCUCGUAUAAAUUGAUACAGGGUAACACGCAGCAUCUGCAAACGGCGUUCGACACCAUCGACGGUAGCACCAUCAACAUCGGCCGCCUCGCCACCGCUUUCUACACCGGCCUCUGGGCAUACGACGGCUGGAACAAUCUCAAUUACGUGACCGAGGAGAUCAAGAACCCUUCCAAGAAUCUGCCCAGGUCCAUCAUGAUCGGCAUACCGCUCGUCACGCUCUGCUACGCGCUCAUCAACGUAUCUUACCUGGCGGUCAUGUCACCGUCAGAAAUGAUCGAGAGCGAGGCCGUGGCAGUGACGUUCGGCAUUCGGAUUCUGGGCGUGAUGGCGUGGCUAAUGCCGCUCUCCGUAGCGAUCAGUACCUUUGGAUCCGCUAAUGGCACCCUGUUUGCCGCGGGUAGGCUCUGUUUCGCCGCAUCGCGAGAGGGUCAUCUGCUCGACUGCUUGAGCUACGUGCACGUGCGACGCUUCACUCCUGCCCCAGGCCUCAUCUUCCAUUCCCUCGUAGCAGGCGCGAUGGUUCUCUCCGGUAACAUCGAUUCGCUGAUCGACUUCUUCUCGUUCACCGCAUGGAUAUUCUACGGCGGCUCAAUGGUCGCCCUUCUGGUGAUGCGGAGGACCAGGCCCAAUCAUCCGCGACCGUACAAAUGCCCGCUAAUCAUACCUGUGCUCGUGCUCGUCAUCUCCGCGUAUCUCAUAGUGGCGCCGAUUAUCGACAAGCCCCAAAUUGAGUAUUUGUACGCGGCUGGCUUUAUCGGUGCAGGCAUGCUCGUCUACCUCCCGUUUGUAAAGUUUGGAUAUGUGCCCAAAUUCAUGGAAGGUGUUAAUGCCUUCCUGCAGAUGUUACUAGAGGUGGCUCCAACGGCGGCUGCCUUCGACUGAUUUCAUUUCAAGAGAUCAACGGUACAGUUCUCCAGAAUGCCGAAUCAUUCCAUUAUGGCAUUGCGUGAACUGUAUGCACACCUGAAUAUACCUAUUUUAAAUACAUGCAGACGAGAGCGUUAUAUCCUAUAUUACAAAGCUCAAGGCUGGCCCAAAAAAUUUAUCCAAAAAAAAAAAAGGUAUAUAUAUUAUAUAAAAAUAUAUUAUUUUAUUACUUGUUAUUCUUCGUACAUAGUAUACAACAUGCAGAAGAGAUAUUAUUGUUAGACAAUAGAUAGUUGAUGUUGUAACGAGAAAGCGAUGAAUCAACAGAAAAUAUUUUAAAUGUUUGCAGUUACAAA